AUGGAUUUGCUUCGUGAGAUGAGAUCUGCUGCUGGUCCUAAGGAGACUAUUGGCCUCUCUGAUGAUAUUAUUGAGAAAUUCCUUGGUCGUGAUCAUAAUUUAACCAUUGCUAUUAUUAACGCAUAUGAUGUAUGGAAGACUUUGGAUGGUGAUACAACUUAUCGUAUACCAGAAGGACAACUUAUUAAGAAUAUAUGUCAACAUUGGUGUCAUUUCUAUGCUGAUGAUACUCGUAAUCCAUAUAUACCUAUUGGUGGUAAAGGUCCAUGGAUUAUUACAUUACAUGCAAGUAUACAUACUGGGCAAGUACGUAAUGAUAGAUCAUUAUUGGGUCUAUCAUUAAAGGGUUCAUUUCAUGGACGUACCUUUAGACCAGCAGUAUUCAGCAGUAGUUGUCAUGAUACGUAUCGUAAACAUAGAUGUGAGAGUAUUAUUACAGCUCAAUCAGGGUAUUCUAUAACAGUAACUCCUAAUGAUUGUGAUGAGUUAAUCGAAGUAUUCAAGCAAGCUGAAGAGGAAGGGAAGUUUAUUGAAUGUGUUAUGAUAGAAGCGGUAAUGGGUGAGGGUAAUCCUGGUGAAAAGAUAGAUCCUAAGUUCUAUGCUUUGGCUAGAGAGUUAACUCUUAAACAUGAUUCUAUACUUAUAAUAGAUUCGGUACAAGCUGGAUUCCGCUGUAUGGGUGUAUUAAGUAUAGUUGAUUAUCCUGGUUAUCAGAAUCUACCUCCACCUGAUUUUGAAGUAUGGUCUAAAGCUAUUAAUGCUGGACAAUAUCCAGUAUCGAUAUUAGCUAUGAAUGAGAGAGCAUCUACAUAUUAUAGGCAUGGCGUGUAUGGUAAUACUAUGACUGGUAAUCCUAGAGCAUGUGCUGUUACUUCUGCUGUGUUAAAGGAGAUAUAUAAUAAUCCUAAUAUUAGACACAAUAUUCUGGAUAUGGGUAAGUAUGCUGUUGAUCAAUAUAAAAGAUUACAGGAUAAGUUCCCACAUGCUGUUACUAAUGUAAGUGGUACUGGUCUAUUGUAUGCUGUACAUUUACAUAAAGAUAUACCAGUAGUUGCCUUUACUGGUGCUGAACACUGGUUAAGAUGUCAUGGUAUUGGUGUUAUACAUGGUGGUGAGAAUGCAUUAAGAUUUACUCCACAUUUUAAUGUUACUAAAGAAGAGAUAGAUAUACAAAUAGCCAUGCUUGGCCAUAUGCCUAUAUUGAAGACUAUGCUACAAAGAGUUCAUGGUGCUAAUCAUCAUAAUACUAAGUCCAAAGAUACUACUACUCAACACUUAGCUAUCACUCAACUUAAUAAAGGAUCAUCUGUAGAUGAAACCUCAGAGGUUGGUAUCAAAGUAACUACUUCUACUCAUGUUGUUGGUGGUGGUUCUACUCAAUGUUAUUCACUUAAUGAUACUAUUAAUGAGAUAACUAAGAUGGCCGAAAUGCAAACAUUGGGUUAUGAUGACAUCAACCCUAUUAAGAGGAGGAAAAAGGUUGGUAAUAAUUGA